AUGACUUCUUGGGGCUUUUGCGCUUGCAACUACUUCUGCUACACGUUAUCGGCCGCCAUGAUGUGGCCGGUCUUUCUCAUAUUGUCGGCUGGCCAGUUAGCAUGCGCGAAUCAUUUCUACAACCCGGGUUCCACGAUGCAGGUCUGGAAUCUAGGAGAGAAUCAGACAAUAGCAUGGGAGAAUAAUUACACUGAUUUCACCAACGCUAUUUGGCUGAGGGGUGUGCCCGAAGAUGUGAGGAUAGGGCCCAUUCUAUUCCAAACUGCCGUGGACGGGCACGCGUCGUCUUUCAACUGGACGGUACAGACCUAUGAGCCGUGGUUCGACGAAGGGGUAAACUCGUUUUUUCUGUGGAUGUCAGACGGUGUCGAUGUAAAACGCCAGGGGGGCACGAGCGACAACGACGGUAUCGCCUACAUGGUAUCGUCGGAUUUCAACAUUUCCAGGGACACUGCAUCGACCGGCGGCAGCACGACGACCGGAGCUACAUCCAGUAUUUCAGCGACUCCAAGCAUACCGAUAUCGACGUCGACUUCGAGCAACCCGACGUCGCCCACGGUCAUAGAGAAGUCCAGUGGACUUCCCGAUGCAGCGAAAGCGGGUAUCGGAGCCAGCGCUGCUGUUGCGGGCGUGGCCAUAAUAGCGUGUAUCUUCCUGUCAGUCUGGGGGCACCGAAGGAUAAAGAAUAGACAAGCUACCCAAGGACAAGCUACCCAAGGACAACAGGCCGGGCUUGGAGCCGGUGGUCAGGGCUAUAAUGGUUACCCCCACCAGCCCUACAGCGCAAGUUACGUGCAAACCAGUACGGAUUACAUGCCAACUCUGGGAUCAACUCCCAAACCGGCAGAGAUGGAUGCGGUUCGAAAUACCGCGGAAUUGGAAUCUUAUCAUUGA